CCUCCAGCCCUCUAACCCUCCAGCCCUGGCUGUAGCCCUGGAGUUCUGGGGACGAGGGUAUUGCCUUUUUAGGAGACACCUGAUCGCAGCCCAGUGCCUCUACACACACACUGAGGCUGCUGAUAAAGAUGUGUGUGUGUGUCCUUGUGUGUUAGACUGAGUGAGAGAGAGUGACUGGUGAUUAGGCUGAUAGAUGAGCUGGAGAGCUAUGGGGGUGGGGACUGUACUGCUACCGUUCACAGUUAAAAAGAGCUCCAACCACGGCCCGUCCCCAUCCAGUUUAGGAAGAACACACCAUUAGAUUACCAGACCAGCGAGCCUUAUAGGUCCCCUGAGGAUAGGUGGACCAGACGGACAGUGGACUGUUUUUGUUUACCAGCAGGCUGCGGAGAAGCUCUAGAUAGCUCUGUCUGUUUAACCAGAGGAACACCAUCUCAGGCUUCUAGAAGAGGACUAUAGUGUUUCUGAGAGACUCUGUCUACCUGGAGCCUGUGUUCUCUAGAAGCCGUAGAGAGACUGUCUACCUGGAGCCUGUGUUCUCUAGAACCCGUAGAGAGACUGUCUACCUGGAGCCUGUGUUCUCUAGAACCCGUAGAGAGACUCUGUCUACCUGGAGCCUGUGUUCUCUAGAACCCGUAGAGAGACUCUGUCUACCUGGAGCCUGUGUUCUCUAGAACCCGUAGAGAGACUCUGUCUACCUGGAGCCUGUGUUCUCUAGAACCCGUAGACAGACUCUGUCUACCUGGAGCCUGUGUUCUCUAGAACCCGUAGAGAGACUCUGUCUACCUGGAGCCUGUGUUCUCUAGAACCCGUAGAGAGACUCUGUCUACCUGGAGCCUGUGUUCUCUAGAACCCGUAGAGAGACUCUGUCUACCUGGAGCCUGUGUUCUCUAGAACCCGUAGAGAGACUCUGUCUACCUGGAGCCUGUGUUCUCUGUAGCUGCGUCAGUCAGUCGGUAUAGAGAAGGACUGAAACUGAACUAGUCUUACUUUUGAAACCUACAUUACAGCUCAUCCUUCGUUUUAGUCAGGGUUGGUGGGCAUCUUGAACCCUAACCCUCAUGGAGAAGUUCCAGGCUGGUAUGGUCCUAGCGGGGGUGGGGGACGCCCUGGGAUACCGUAAGGGCCGCUGGGAGAGCUGCCCUUCUGGGCCACAGAUCCAGAAAGAGCUGGCCUCUCUGGGGGGCCUUGGGGCUCUGAAACUGGACCCUGACAACUGGCCCCUCAGCGACGGAGCCCUGAUGCACAUGACCACCGCUGAGGCCCUCAUCACAGACUACUGGUGUUUGGAGGACCUCUACAGGGAGCUGGUAAGGGUGUAUGUUGAGGCCAUGGCGUCUCUCCAGGGUCGCCCUCCUGACCCAGCCACCGUGGAGGGAUGUGCUCACCUCAAACCCAACAACUUCCUGCUGGCCUGGCACACGCCCUUCAAUGAGAAAGGUUCUGGGUUUGGAGCAGCCACCAAGGCCAUGUGUGUGGGGAUGAAGUACUGGCAGCCUGAGAGGCUAGACAACCUAGUGGAGGUCAGCAUUGAGACGGGGCGCAUGACACACAACCACCCUACAGGUUUCCUGGGCUCUCUGACCACGGCUCUGUUUGCGUCGUACGCGGUGCAGGGCAAACCACUGGUGACCUGGGGUCGCGACCUCAUGAAGGUCAUCCCCAAGGCUGAGGAGUACUGUAAGAAGACCAUACGCCACAUGGCAGAGUACCAGGAGAAGUGGUUCUACUUCGAGGCUAAGUGGCAGUUCUACCUGGAGGAGAGAGGCGUGGAGGAGGAGGGGCAGAACAAGCCACUGUUUCCUGACACCUACAACGCUGAGGAGACAGACAAGGUGUAUAAGCGCUGGAGCUCAGAGGGCCGGGCUGGACGGAGGGGUCAUGAUGCUCCCAUGAUAGCCUACGAUGCUCUCCUGGCCUCAGGCUCCGACUGGACCCAGCUCUGCCGCCGCGCCAUGUUCCACGGAGGGGAGAGCAGUGCCACAGGGCUGAUAGCAGGCUGUCUGUACGGUCUCCUGUUCGGCCUGUCCCAGGUCCCUGAAGGGCUGCACCAGUAUGUGGACCGACGCACGCGGCUGGAGGAGCUCGGAGCCGAGCUGUACAAGGCAGCCUCCGCAGAGAGGAGCACAGAAAAGUAACACCACCACCCUGCCCACACCGCCCUCUUCUGGCCGACAUAGGAACUACACAUGAAUGACCACCGUGGCUGGCUACUGGCUGCUCACCUACCUACUGACAUAGGAACUACACAUGAAUGACUCCACCGUGGCUGGCUACUGGCUGCUCAACUACCUACUGACAUAGGAACUACACAUGAAUGACUCCACGGUGGCUGGCUACUGGCUGCUCACCUACCUACUGACAUAGGAACUACACAUGAAUGACUCCACCGUGGCUGGCUACUGGCUGCUCAACUACCUACCAGUGGAGGCUGCUGGGAGGAGCUAUAGGAAGACGGCUCAUUGUAAUGGCUGAAGGGGAAUACAUAUGCUACUGUUCCAUUUAUUCCAUUCCAGCCAUUACAAUGAGCUUGUCCUUCUAUAUCUCCUCCUACCAGCCUCCUCUGCCCACCUACCUAUCCCACAGCACUGCAGCCCCCCUAGCCCGGCCUGUACCCUCCUCUCUAUCUCUCUCUCAACUGCUCCUGCUGGGGUCUCUGGAAUAGUUCUGUUCCCUUUCCAGUUCCAGAAGUGUUUUGUUUAAAAAAAAAAAACUAAAGUCAUUCAUGUGGAACUGAAUCAGAAUUGGAACUCCUAAACUGGAUAUGUAAUGUAACUAUUCCAUAGGUUCCAGAGUGUGUUCUCAUCUAUAGAUGAACAUGGAUGAACUAACAUCCCUACAUACUGUACAUACACCAGUCCUGGGUUUAAAACAUGUGAUUGUAGACAAAGAAGACGGUCCUGUGUAAAUGUGAUUUUAAACAACAGGCUUGUUAAUAGUCUGCCCCUCACCCAUAUAGUAUAUGUUCCCUAUAUAGUGCACUACUUUUUACCCGAAUCCUAUGUGCCCAGGUCAAAGGUAGUGCACUAGGGUGUUAUUUGGGAUCCACUCUUAGUCUGUUAUUUGUACUCAUCUCAUGUUUUGGUUUAUUAUUGUCUGCUGUGGAUUCACCACGAGUGACAUGGUGCCUGCCAUGAUAAUAAUCGUGUUAUUAUCAGAUUAAAGUGGAUAUCUAUAUAUUA